UCGAGCUGAGCGUCCCAAUUCCGGAACUAUCAGAUCUAGGGUUUUACCAACAAGAAACCAUGGCCGGCGCGGGGAUGCACCCCUACCAGCAGCAGUGGGUACCUGCGAUGGUCCCUCUCAUCGCCGGAGAGCCUUCCGUCCGCCCUGCCGCCGACGAGGUUCGGACGAUAUUUAUCACGGGGUUACCUGGGGACGUCAAGGAGAGGGAGCUCCAUAACCUUCUCAGGUGGUUGCCGGGCUUUGAGGCCUCUCAGAUCAACUACAAGGCGGAGUUGCCCAUGGGUUUCGCUCUUUUCUCCACGGCUCAGCACGCCUUGGCCGCCAAAGACGCCAUUCAGGACUUGGUGUUUGACUCGGACAUGGAUUCCGUAUUGCACACAGAGAUGGCGAAGAAGAACCUUUUUGUAAAAAGAGCUGUGGGAUCUGAGUCGAGCUCUCUUGACCAAAGUAAACGUCUACGUACAGCUGGAGAUUAUACUACUCAUGCAGGUUAUGCAACACCACCUUUCCAUCCCCCACCUCCCCCACCCCCACCACCUCCUCCUGUUUGGGCAACCCCAAGCUAUAUUGCUUCACAUCCACCUGCCACAUAUGAUCCAUAUGGAGGCUACCCAAUACCUCAAGUAGCUAUGCCCACUCCAGCUCCUAUGCCAGCACCUAAUCGCUAUGCACCUGUACAGAAUACGAAAGAUAAUCCUCCAUGCAAUACUCUUUUCAUUGGCAAUCUUGGUGAAAAUGUAAAUGAGGAAGAAGUUAAAGCUCUUUUCAGCGUCCAAUCAGGUUUCAAACAAAUGAAGAUUUUGCGACAGGAGAGAAAUACAGUUUGCUUCAUUGAGUUUGAAGAUGUUGUCAGUGCUAAAAAUGUUCACCAAAAUCUUCAGGGUGCACUUCUUGCUAGUUCUGGUCGCGGAGGCAUGAGAAUUCAAUUUUCAAAGAACCCUUUUGGACGACGGAAGGACUCAGCUAAUGGCGCUUCAGCUGAACCUAAUUGAACUCCUCCAAUCAACAUCUGAGACAUAUCUUUGCUCAGUUGCAGAAAAAAGAUUACAGAACUGGAAUGGAUAGUAUUGGUGUUUGCACUGUUUUAUUAAAUUUUUAUAGCAUCUUUGUUUGAAUGAACCUGUUGGCAUGACUCAUGGGUGACAUUAUCAUAUAUCAUGAUGCACAAAUACUAAGGCAUUUAGCUUGACUGGUAGUUGUGCAUUGGCAUCAUUGACACGAAUGACAAAUUCCUCAAUCUGCAGUUACAUAUUCAUUAAUAUGAUGUUUCGUUUACUUCGCAUAAGCAUUGUUGAUUUUGUAGCUUAUUAUCUGCAGUUGAAGCACCAUCUUUCUUAACUGAAUGGUUGGCAACAACCAUUCUUGCAUAGUUUUUAUUGCACUGGAGGAAACAAAGGUUCAAACUUCGUGCAAUGGCAUGACAUGGCAUUUCAUAGCUACAGGCCAUGGACCAUCCCCAUCAUCCUUAGUCCAACUUCAGCCAUUCAUCAUUCAUGCUUUUCCUUAGCAUGAAACUGACCAGUGUCUUUAGACCUCCAGGCUUCGGCUGUAAGGUCAUUGUUUUUGCAGAAUUUGGUGGUGUUCGGGAACACACUUCAGUUUCUAUGAUCUGGAAUUCAGACAUCAAGCUGUGAACUGUGAGCUAGCGAAAAUUGCGUUUCUGGAAGCUGGUUUAGUACUAUCCAACAUUCAUUGCCUUGAUUCUAUUAAUGGAGAAGAAUUGGUUGUACACAGGAAGGAUUUUGGGGAAACCCUAAAAAGUGUGGUUGGAUAAGUUUGACAUUAGCUUUGUUAGUGCAAAAAGAGUUGAGUGUUUGCACUGAAAGCUAGAUGAGAUCAAGGUCCGUUUUUGAUGCAGGUCAUAAUCGUUUGAGUGAUAAGAAGAUUGUAAAUUUGCAGCUGUUCGUUGAUAUUUGUAAAAAGAUGAGGAAACAAAUUUAGGAAUGUACAAGAAAGUGCACUCUGGUUUAGCCGUA